UCUCUUUCCGCAUUGCUGCAAGCGUCAAAGGCUUGGAAGAUGGCGUCGUUCUUGGUUCGUCUGGGAAGACUGUCGGUGUUGAAAAACAGUCGUGUACCAACAUUUUCUGGGUUUUAUGCUAAUGGGUUGGGAGAGGCACUAUCUCAGUACCGAACAGUUGUGUACUCAGCAUCAGGUGGUAUUUUGCCAAAACCCAAGAAGACCUCCUUUGGCCUUUUCCGGAUUGCUGUGGUAGUGAUCCCCUUCCUGUAUGUCGGAACUCUGAUCAGCAAGAACUUUGCUGCGCUGCUGGAAGAGCAUGACAUCUUUGUCCCUGAGGAUGAUGACGAUGAUGACUGAAGGGUCUGUAUGCUCCAAAAUAUUAUAUGACCUGGGUGUGCUGUAUGUAUAUUGAUCAAUAAAAUCAACUUUAGAUGAUCGAUCUCUUAACAUUUAAGUAAUAAAGAUUACAUUUGACCUUAGGGAAGGUGAGGCCUAUUACUGUGUUCUCCCUCAACAGAGCAUAAUGUUGUGUUACCACUCAAAGACAUUGGGAAGACGUGUGACAGCUGAAAAAAGACUUGAGGAUCUCAAACUCAACAAUGCCUUUCUGGUGCUUCUCUCCUGCCUUCUCUCCCCAUCCCUUGUGAUGUGUGCCUGCCUGGAUACAGAGCUGGAUAGUGCUAAUUCCUCCCUGGUGAUAACGUUUACAUGCACAGAUAAGUCUUACUAAAUACAUUUUUAAAAAUCUAUGUGCAAGAGGAAACCCUUUGAUCAGUUGAAGUUGCAUUUGAUUUAGCUAGUGAUAUUUUCUACAUUGAUGGAAAUAUUUGUUCUAUGUUUUCAAUCGUUCUGGGGAUAUUGAUUUAUUUGGGAAGGCCUUAGUCAGGUGACAGGCCUGCAUAGGUGUCCCUAUUUAUGUGGUUUCUGAUAUAGGUUAUCAAGAACCCUUGGUCCAAACUGUUAAAUUUGUUUUUGAUCAACUGAUCUAAUAAAGACGACCUAUAUGUAAUGUC